AUGAUCACAGAUUUCUGUUUGAUUCCAAUUGGAACGGGGGAGGCGUCUGUUGCCGAGUACAUCGCAAAAUGUCAGGUCGUUCUGGAGCAGUCUGGGCUUCAGUAUAAGGUAGAUAGAUUUAUGAGCGUCGGGUAUGGAACGAACCUGGAAGGACCUUGGGACGAAGUCUCCGCCGCAAUCCACGCCUGUCACCAAGUCGUUCAUGCCCAAGGUGUAUCGCGUGUCGCAACGGAUAUUCGUAUCGGCACGAGAACGGACAGAAUUAUCGAGCCUGGAACGGGUAACGAUGGGAAGGUGAAAAGAGUGGAAGAUAUUCUGGAGAGGUGGAAGUUAACUCGAGGGGAAAAUGAAUGA